UACCGCUGCCCAGAUAAGACAAGCUACUGGUCCAGGUACCACCACAGCACUCAGUCUUGGCUCUCAUAUCGCGCUAUACGCAAGAGACAACGAAAAAUUGCACUUAUUUGAAGAUUCUUGUAAGCUUCCCAAAAGAGUAAUUACUCGCAGCAUCCGGUUCCAGAAGCUUUGACUCCUUCAAGUUACCGUAACGCAUUCCAGAUAUGUCAAGGAUGUCGUGGUUCUUGAUGGGUGUCAUGACUGUCUUCGUUGUGGCAUCGUUCGCCCGGUCUGUCACCUCCGCCCCGUCGCCGAUCCCGCCCGACGUCGGUGCCCUUGCCAAGGGACCCUCGGCCGACGCCCCCCGCCGCUUCUUUCGCCCUUCCGCUGGCGGCGCACACUUCCAUCAGCCUCGCCCAGGCCUAGUGAAUGGCGAUGGCGGCGAAAAGGUCACCGGCGCCAAAGGGUCGACGACCGAAGACCCUCUCCACGCUUAUUGCAACGUGGCUUGCAAAGACGGGAUGGGCAGUGUGGUGUGCGAUUGCCCCGACCACAUCAUCGGGCGCCGAUCAGUCGAUGUGAACCUGGCCGGACGCCCGAUGGAAGCGGUGCUCAAUCGGCGCUUCGGUCAGCAGGACCAGACGCGGCGCGGGCGCAUGGAGGUGACACGACUGGGCGAGGUCAGGGAGUCGCAGGAGAUGUGCGAGGAGUGGUGUAGGGAGGGCCUCGGGGGAUCCGCCUGUAAUUGCGACCUGCUGCCUUUGGCACACAACCGACCUGUCGAAUUUCAGUAGCGACAUUUCGCCACACAGUAUGCGCGUUUUCACUUAGGGUCUUUCUUUUGUUGAAGUUUUCUGGGGUGAAGGUUUGAAGAUGAUGACCUGGUCAGUUGUAAGCCUACUGUUGGUCGUCGCCCUGAACGUCAGCGCCCGAUCCUUCUCUCCCGUCGACGUCCCUGACCCACCCAAGUCUACCCAACGCGCUGCAGCUCCUCGGGGCACAAAGCAGCUGCCUGCUGCCCUUCCCAGGAUCGUCAAAACCCGACCAGACACGUCAUCUUCUUUGGAUAAGAAGCCAACGAUUUUGGAUACUCUGGACGGAUCCUGCAAACAAGCUUGCAAACUCGGCCUGGCACGACCUGGUUGUGUCUGUUCGAAGGAUUCGCCAGUCGAGCUGUGCAAGUUGGCGUGUGAUCUCAAUGGAGAAGGACCUAACUGUGAGUGCACAGUCAUCUCACAUGCAAGGCCUGAGGGUAUGAACGAGGUUCGCGUUGUAAUAUCAGAGAGAGUUAUCAUCUCAGUCAUCAGGCCUAACAACAAUGGCAUCAAGGAUGAAGUAACGACCAUUAACCCUCACACGGACGUGCCGGCCAAGUCCACGACCUUGAGCCCCAUUGACGAAUUCUGCAAGGAAGCCUGCGAAGAGGGCGUUGGAGGGCCUGAGUGCAACUGUGCUGACCACCCUAUUGGCUGAACGUUGUCAGUCAGGGAACAACCGCCCAUUUGCUCAAAAUGAGACGUCAUGGGUGGUGAUCUACCAAGCCUUGCAUGUGGCACCGUGGUAAGUAGCACCGGUUGUUACUUCAGCUUGGAAAACUAUGUACAAACCAGGGAGGUGGGAUAUCCUUUGGGAUUCAAAACUCCAGCAUGGGCCAUGGAGCAACUGAUCUGGAUUACCAAAAACAAAACAGAAAAUCUCUCAAAUUAAAUUAUAAUAUAUUUCCCUUCUUCUAAUCAAAUUUGAUUCUUUAUGAAAAGUGAAAUUUGAGCAACUGAUUUUUUGCUUUGUACCCAAAGUUUGUUUCCAAAAAACAGAUUGUAUAAAGUUCUUAGAUUGAUUAAUA